AUGGCUGGCAUGGGCGAGCGCCUCGUGAUCGGCGCCCUGCUGGCCGCCGCCUUCCUGGCGGCACCGGCGGCGGGCACCACGCUGACCCUGCACAACCUGUGCCCGUACCCCGUGUGGCCGCUGGUGACCCCGAACACGGGCUUCCCCUCCAUCUGCGGCAACGACAUCCGCCUCGAGGGCAACGGCCACGGGCUCGUCUCCUUCCCCUUCCCGGCGACCUUCUGGUCCGGGCAGUUGGUGGCGCGCACCGGCUGCGCGCCCCCGCCGCGCUGCGAGACGGGGAGCAAGCGGCCCGCGGGCGUGGUGCAGCUGACCGUGCACUCGGCCGAGGGCGCGCCGCGGCCGGACCUGGCGGUGUACAGCGUGAGCCUGGUGGGCGGGUUCAACGUCCCGGUGGUGGUGAGCCCGCAGGUCAUCGGCGGCGACGGGCCGUGCCCGGCCCUGGGGUGCGCGGCGGACCUCAACGCCGGGUGCCCGCCGGCGCAGCGCGUGGUGGGCGCGGGCGGCCGCGUCGUCGCGUGCAAUGGGCCGCCCGGGUACUUCAAGCAGCGGUGCCCGCUGACGCGAACGACGCCGGUCGACAGGGAGCCCGUGGAGCAGCACUGCUACGCGCCCGGCGAGCUCAAGGUCGUCUUCUGCCAGCCAGCAAUGGUCGACGUCGACGCCGACGCGGCCGCACAGCCGGAUGUUGUCGUCGCCGAGAACUAG